AUGCAACCCUGCCAAAAUUGCGUCUCAUGGAAUCUCGCCUGCGAAGUAGGAGUUUCACGUCGCGGAAAAUAUCCCCGGCGAAGGAAAAAGGGAUGGGCUCGAACGUCCGCAACGCCGAAUGACACGGCAAAUGCGUCGCAUUCCCGAGUCAUACAGGGACAAUUCCCAUUAACUGGACAGAGCUCUCAGUAUCUACCCGCUCGUCCCGCAACAGCGGAGGAUGCGAUCCAUAAAACCGUCUUUCUUGGCGAGUCAAGUCCUCUCACCUGCGUUGUGGAUGAAGGGCGACGAUCUCCAGACAAGGGGUAUGCAUGUAGUAUCCAAAAUGGCCGACUUCACUACUCCAUUUCUGAGAUUAGUGGCGCAACUGGAAGUAUUCAGGAUUCACUGGGGCCCCGCCGGAAGCUGGUACAUGAUCGACUUACCCGGGAAGGGGCUCUCGUAUUUCCAUCGCCUGCUGUCUGCGACACGUUACUUCAGGCUUAUUUUGACUGGCUACACCCAUGUUUUCCAAUCCUUGAUCGGGCAGACCUGCAAAGUGACUAUCAAGAUGGCAGGCUGUCACCUUUGCUCUUCCAGUCAAUGCUCUUCAUUGGUGUGAGCUUGUGCUCGGAUACAUCUUUGAACACUACGGGUUUUAAUAAUCGUUACCAAGCCAAAGAAGUAUUUUAUCAACGAGCAAAGGAUAUGUAUGAUUCAGGAUGGGAGACCGACACGGUUAUAAAGUUGCAGUCGUUGUUUCUCCUGAGCUUUUGGCGUGGAAGUCCAACCGAGGAGCGCGAUGUUCGAUUCUGGCUUGGAGCUGCUAUCAGCCUUGCCCAGAAAAAGGGCAUGCAUGUCAUGUCGAAAUUGUCCUUCCUGAAUAGCAAAGAGCAAAAGCUUUGGAAACGAAUCUGGUGGGCUUUAUAUGUUCGUGAUCAACAAACAUCAGCAGCUUUGGGACUGCCACCUCGAAUACGUGACGAAGACUGUCAAAUCGCAGACCUUGAAGUCGCAGACUUUGAGGAAAGUGAGCCCAUGGGACCUCCAGAAAUAUUCCGCACACCACCAAAAGUACACAUUCCUUACGUGAUUGGAAUGGCCCAACUGGCCAGGUUAUUGCGGGAAAUAGUUUGCAGCCAGUAUCUACCUGGUCGAUCCAAGUUGGACAAUGAUGCUCGACCGAUGCUCCGUCAACGUUUAGUUGACUGGGAGUUGAUCCUCCCGAAGGAAUUGCAGUUUCAAAUGCCCAUGAGCAGGGAGGCGAUGUUCCUGGUUGGCAUGCUUCAUAUGGCUUACAAUAAUUUGUACAUUCUCCUAUACAGACCCCUUUUCUUGCAACCCGCAGGCCGGUCGGCGAAUCCAGAAGGAAAUGUCGCCCUGGAUGCAGCAACACGAAGCACGCGAAUUUUAGAGGACAUGCUCUCAGAAAACCUGGUCCAACAUGGAUCAGUUCACUUAAUUACCCACACUUUCUCGGCUUUGUGUAUACAUACCAUUCAUUUCGGACGGGUUACCGGCACGGCCCGGAAGCUAGCAGAACACAGGGCAAAGUUAUGCCUCUUGGGCUUGAAGGAAUUACAGAAAUCAUGGGACUUGGAGAACUGGGUCCUGGAUCUUUUCUUCAGGUGCUUGGAUGAUCGUACUGCUCGCGAUCUCCGGUUAGCCGAUCCUGCUAUGCCAUCAACAUCACAAACAGGCGAUGGCCGAGAUAUUGAGGAGAUGCCACCUGCGUCUCCUGCUAGUGGUCAAUAUAGACCCCGUUCUCCUAGCGCAGCGGAGGAUAUCUUGCAAACUCCUAACAUGAUGUCUCACCAUAAUCCCGGGGAAGAGGCAGCAAUUAAUAUGGACUGGUAUGAGUUGUUUAACGUGGAUGGUGAUGAUGUGAUGGGCCUUGCUGGCUCAUUAUCAAAUCCAGACUACUUGAACCCACAGAACCUCGAGUUCCUGUAUCGAUUCCUAUAG